AUGGAGACGCUUGUAGUUGUUGCACAGCAGGAUCAAUUUCAUAGCAGAAGCCGUGGCAGAAACCAUGGAUCCUUUGGUUCUUAUCCUUCUAGGGAUUUCAGAGAAAUCAAUUGCCGUACCUUUCAAUCCGGGCCAGGUAUACUUCCAAGCCCACUGAAGGCUCGUUCCCCACCUAUUGCUAAACAGUCCUUGCCUACUUCCCCCAAAACACCAUCCGCAGCCCCAUCUAAUGUGAAAAAGCAUUUCAACUCCGACCAAAACCCUAAACACACUAAGAGAAUCACUAAAAGUAAUUCCGUUCCUAUCCCAAUUGAUAUUAAACAUGUUGAUUACUCCCUCAAGGAUAACAUAAGGGGUUCUUUGAAUGACAAUUUCUUUUACUCUGAGCUAUGGGCUGGACCUGCUUAUUCAAAUUCACCACCUCCUAGUUCUUUACCUAUACCCAAGUUUUCAAUCAAGCCAAAAAGGACUGUAUCUCUUAACCUGCCCUCAGUUUCAGCUUCUGAUAUUGAUUUGUUGACCCCUGUUGCAAAAUCUGCUCCCCCUUCCCCUACAAGGGAACAUCACAAGUCUUCUCGUAGAGACUUCUUUAACAGUGACGAUGAGUUUGCCACUAAGACUCUUCGUCGCAUCCUUAAUCUUGACAUGAUCUUGCCAUUUGCCAAGCCACUUGAAGGGAAGCAUCUUCAAGAGGCUGUUGAUAUGCUUCUGAAGCAAGACUUGUAUAAAAAGUUUGAUGGGAGAAGCUUUUUCUGGAGGCUGUUGUUUCAGCUAUGGUUGUUGGUGUUAUGUUCUACUGUUUUUUACAUUCAGUUUUUGAACCUUCUGAGCAAAGACUUUAUUUUGAAGCAAGUGAAGUAG